CUAUCUCCUCCUCUCAUCACCUUGCAUAUAUCCUUACCGAUACAAGCUUUUCGAAUCUCUAGAAAUUCUCCUACCGAGCGCAUUCUCCCUCGCUUAGCCCCUGCUCAACCAACAACUGAACCGCCAGCAAUAAUGUCCGCCGCGAAGCCCACUUUCGUUCUCGCGCCUGGUGCGUGGCACAAGGAGACCUGCUACUCCCCCGCCCAGCAGAUCCUCGAGUCUCGAGGCUAUCCCGUCGAGGCCGUUGCCUACCCCUCCGUGGGCGCCGAGCCCCCGACCAAGGGCCUGAACGACGACGCCGCUGCCGUCAGGGCCGUCCUCGAAAGACUUGCCGACGAGGGCAAGGAGAUCGUCCUGGUGGUUCACUCGUAUGGCGGCCUCGUCGGCGCCAACGCCGUCAAGGGCCUCGGUUACAAGCAGCGCGCCAAGGAGGGCAAGAAGGGCGGCGUCAUCACCUUCGUCUACCUCACUGCCUUUGUGGUGCCCGUUGGCAAGUGCAUCAGAGAGAUGCUCGGCGGCCAAUUCCUGCCGUGGAUGAAGAUUGAGGGCAACUAUGUCCAUGCCCUGACCCCGGAGGAGGUCUUCUACCACGACGUCGAGCCCGAGGCCCAGAAGAAGGCCAUCGAGGGGCUGCAGCACCAGUCCGCCGUCGUGUUCGACGACGUCGUCACCUACGAGCCGUGGCACGACAUCGACUCCAUGUACUUCUUCUGCGACGACGAUAAGGCGAUCCCCCUUGUCGUCCAGCAGAACAUGGCCGGCCUUCUGGGACCCAACGCCAUCACGUACUCGUCCAAGGCCUCGCAUUCUCCUUUCCUCUCCAAGCCCGAGGACGUCGCGGAGGGGCUGGAGAUCGCCGCCAAGGCUGGGCAGGAGAGAGUCCGGGCUUAAAGCGGGCUUACGGAGCGUUGAUGACUUAGCUGUUUGAGGCAUAAUUAAAACUCAUGACGAAU